AUGGUUCGCUUCAAAAAUAGAUGGCUCCUCGUUGAGUUCAUACCCAUACCCACCACCGCAUCUGGAGGAGCUCCUACCUCUCGAACAACGCUUGGCCAGCUCCCGAAUAAUUCUGCACAGCUCCCACCUCUAGACGGCAAACAAAUCUGGACCGCCCUCAAACAGAGCAUCUUGACGAAUUUCGGGGAUUUUGUGUGUUUUGGUAGAUGGGGUGCAUGGUGUUUCUUACUCGACCUCGUCCUUCCGCCUGUACUUCUCCCUUACCCGACGAACGACGUCCAUUCUCUCGCUUGCUCACCACUGCCGCCGCCUGGUCGACUCUGUCCUGCUUCGUCCUUCCUCCUCCGCUUCCGCAUCCACUCCUCAACGCUUCGCAAUGCCCUCGCUCCCCUCAUCACCGCCGGCCCCCCAGUCAAGUACUUCUCACCAACAACAAACACAGCGAUCAUCCGCGUCGCGCGCGAGCACCAUAAGAUCGCCUGGGCGGGGCUGACGCUGCUUAGUACUAUCGGGGGUGUCAGGUCUACAGCAGGAGGAAGAGGAGGGACUGGGGAUGGUGUAAGGUAUAUACCUAACGUCGUGCAUCUCUCCGCCGGAUACCAAGAUUCGUACGACGCGUUUUUGGAGAAGACCAUGCUUGAAAUUCAAGCUUUGCAAGAUUAG